UUUGAUUUUGAUGUUGGUUCUCUUGGUUGGUUCCUUGUUGGUUGGUUCUGGUUCCAUGCAAGUUGAACGUCAACAAACACCAUGUGCUUGAGCUUUUAUUUGCAUCCAAUUUAAUCGCUAUAAUGUCUUAUAUUCUUAUCGUUUGAUUAAAAUAACUGUGCAGACCAUGGAGCUAAGCAAGUACAACAUAAUCGGUGUCAACAAGAGACCACUCGUGGCCAGUUCGCCCGAGAAAGCGAACAAAAAGUUCAAGUUUCCAAACGCCGUCCAGCAGCAGGUGUCUCAAAACGACCAGCCGGGACAGUCUUGGGAAAGUUAUCAGAAGAUUAGACAGGCGUUACCAAUCUUUAAGUCAAGAGCAAAAAUCAUCAACUCAAUUCGUAACAACCAAACAACAAUUUUGAUUGGAGAAACAGCCUGCGGCAAAACUACUCAAGUUCCUCAAUUCAUUUUAGAAAGUGGUGUGCACAAGUCCAAAGUGAUUGCCAUUACUCAGCCUCGCAGAGUUGCUGCAAUCACUGUUGCGCAGAGGGUGGCUGCAGAACGAGGUUGCUCCAUUGGGGAACAAGUAGGCUAUGCUGUGAGAUUCGAAGAUGUCACGAGCAACACAACUAAAAUCAAAUUUAUGACUGACGGCCUCCUACUUCGUGAAGCAAUGCUUGAUCCUCUUCUGCUAAACUACAAUGUUAUUGUCCUGGACGAGGCUCACGAAAGGUCAAUUUCAACUGACAUUUUAUUUGGAAUUGUCAAAUCGGCCCAGCGGAGAAGAGAAAAGCAAGGAGUACCUUUAAAGAUUGUAGUCAUGUCAGCUACAAUGGAUGUUGAUCACAUGAGGGAAUACUUCUCAUCAAAGCCACAGAAGUUUGUGCCUGUCGUGUGGAUCGAGGGUCGUGUGCAUGAUGUCGAAAUCAAGCACUUGACCAAACCUCAUGAAGACUAUGCUGCAGCUUGUCUCAGUACUCUGUUCUUAAUCAUUCAAAAGACAGCUCCUGCUAGCGAGGGAGUUCUUAUUUUUUUAACUGGACAGGAGGAAAUUGAGGAUAUGGCUGCAACAAUUCCAAAAAUUGCAAAGGAAUUUGGAGGUCCUCCAAUUGUUGUUUUGCCCCUUUAUGCAGCAUUGCCUCAAGAACAGCAAGUGCGUGCAUUUAAGCCUGUUGAAAAAGGCACUAGAAAAGUAGUUUUGGCCACCAACAUUGCUGAAACCUCAGUUACUAUAUCGGACGUACGACAUGUAAUAGACUCGGGAAUGGUCAAAGCCAGAACCCACUUUGUUGGAACUGGAUUGGAUGUUUUAAAAGUUCAAAGAGUAGCCCAAGACCAAGCAUGGCAAAGAACAGGCAGAGCUGGCCGAGAAGCAUCUGGCACUUGCUUCAGGUGUUUCACAAAAGAGGAAUUUGCCAAGCUUCCUCCAUCAACAGUGCCAGAAAUUCUCCGCAUUAACCUAACCUCGGUAAUCUUGCAACUUCUUACAAUCGGUAUCAAAAAAAUUGCUGAUUUUGAUUUCUUGGAUAAGCCUAAACCCGAGGCUCUGCAAACUGCAAUCCAGCAGCUUAAGGCCCUUGGUGGAGUACAAGAAAAUGGAAAUGAACUAGAAAUCACACAAUUGGGCAAGAAAAUGUCUAAUUUUCCAAUCGAGGCUCCAUAUGCUAGAAUAUUGAUAGCCUCUGAUGAAUUGCAAUGCAGGGAUGAAAUUAUUACACUAGUGGCACUACUCUCUGGGGAAGGAGUCAUUCAGUCUUCUUCUAGCAACAGAAACGAAGCUCUGGUUGCCCAAACAAAAUUCCACUCUGAAUUUGGUGAUCACGAGACAUUGCUGAAUAUUUAUCAAGCAUAUAUUGCAGCAAAGAACAAAAAGAUUUUCUGUAAAGAAAAUCAUCUGAGUCUCCGAUCAUUAAGCCAUGCUACCCUCGUGAAGGAGCAGCUGACGGACCUGUGCAAGAAAGCAGGCAUUGGGCAGAGCAGUUGCGGCAAAGACCUUUCCUUGGUUAGAAAGUGUUUGAUCUUCGGACUCGUCAACAACUUGGCCACUCAUGCUAGGGACAAGCUGUACAUAACGGUGGCAAACCGUCAAUUCGUGUCCCUUCACCCGUCAAGCGUUCUUUUCGAAUCGUCAAAGCCUCCGAGCUGUGUGCUCUUUUCCGAGUUGGUCCACACCGGCCGGUCGUACAUGAGAAAUGUUAGCGUGAUCGAUGCAGAAUGGGCGAUUGAAGUUCAUCCGCCGCUCCGACAACGCCUUAACACUACCAGCAGUCUCAUCAAAUAAAAAAGUUACCAUCUAACGAUUUUUGAAACUAAAAUUCUAAAGUAUUUUAAAUUAUCCAAUAAAUACGAAGGAAAUAUUUUGUUAGUAGUACAUAUUGAGAGAAAGAAUGUUAGUGGAUAAAGUUAAAAAACAUUGACAUUUCUUUUCGCAAAUUUAUCAUUUAUUGUACAUUCAAAUUUUAAAAUUUGAGUAAAUACAAAACAUAAAUUCACCGUUUACAAUUAUUACAAAUCAUUUCAUUAGAUUUAGAAUCGCAAGAUGUAAUGAACUAAAAAAAGCAAUCAAAGAGUUUAUUUUAAAAAGUGUAAUUAAUAUUU